UAUUGUGGACCUGCCUGUGGUUCACGUGACUUUAAUUAUUGUCAAAAAUCGUGAAAUUGUCCGUUUCAAGCAACAGCUUUCAAUCCUCCUGCUUGUUCACCGAUUGUAAUUAAUAUUUGGAUAGAUAUAAAUAGGGGAAAUUAAAUAAAAUUUUCAGUCAUAUCUUGUACAAACAUGUGGCAACUAAAAUUUGCAAUUCUCCUUUGUGGUAUCGUUGCAAAUGCAAAACCAAAAAUAGCCUUCACUGCAACCUUAUCAAAAAAUACAAACGUUGGUUACCAUGAAGCUGUAAAGUAUAACAGGGUCUUAACCAACAUAGGAGGUGCCUACCAUCCAUGGACAGGGCACUUCAAAGUCCCAUACAGCGGUAUUUAUCUGAUUUCAUGCACGGCAAUGAGUGAAACCAAAAAACCUGCCUACCUACAGAUUGUAAAGAAUCACCAAGUUUUGACAACAAUAUUUUCGAGUACAAAAACCUUCCCUCAGAGUGCGCAAACCCUGAUUCUACAGCUAAGGAGAGGCGAUCGUGUCUGGGUUUGGGGACGAUAUGAGCGUCUCACACUGCGUGAUAAUUCCUAUUUCAAUGUAUUUUCCGGUGCUUUGCUGCAUUAGGCUUGCAGAUAAACCAACAACUUUUAAUGAGGAACUGCAGUAAUGUCCAUUUUUUGUGUGAUUUCAGCUUUUUCUACAAGACGUGCACGUAUCGUAACAUUUAGCUAUGAUGUGUAAUCUUUUUUUUUUUUUUUAUAAUUUCAGACGUGUAACCUUUCAAUUGUUACAUUGAACAUUGUCCAAAAAUGUUAUUUAUUCUCUUUGUAUUCUUCUUGGGGAAAAUGUAUAUGUAAUUGUUGGCGUUUUCUAUUUACAGCUAAACUUUCUUUUUAAAUUAAAUCUGCAAACUAA